CUUGUGGCGACUAAACGAAUAAAGCUUGAAGAUUUCUGAGGCAGGUACUUUUGACGAAGUCAUCACGAACUGUGUGUCAAUCUCGUGAAUAGUAAUCAUUCGUCGUUUGAGAACUGUUCACAGAACCAGUAUUCAGAUGUCCGUUUGGGAAAGCCCAACGGGAUACUCAUCUCCAAGGUAGUUUCCGAUACGUACUGCCGCCCCGAAUGCCGGGACCAAAAUCUGAUAUAUGGAUCUCUGCAAAUCUCUUCACAUGGGGGCCCAUAUCCAAUGACGGAGAAUUUAACUUUGGGGGUGGAAACCCACAUGGCAAAAUCACCGGAAAAGGGUUUACCGAGAAUUUGAAGAGCCUUUGGCAGCGAAUCACCUGUCGGUCCGAGGAUCUGUACCUGGUUCGGCAGCUCCGAGUAAUAUCACGGUCCGAUUGAAGUGUUUAAUGGCCUAUUCGGGACGAAUGAUUGAUGGAAUGGUGGAAGGGAAGGUUAGGAAAGGGGUCCAGGAGGUGGCAAGUUUAUAUAAGAAUGAGACUCGAGGUGCAAAAGUGCACUUUUGGCCUCCACUUUGACUUAGUGAUGGAACUUCAGGGACGGGAUAUAAUGACCGGUUUCAGUAAUCGGUCAUAUCUGUUUCGCCCUGGGUGCUGCUUUCAGCCUAGACCCCGAGGAUUCACAUGAUUGCUUCUAAUCUGUCAUGUCAAGACCCUGAUUACGUAGAGAGGGUACUUUUGCCAAGCUAAGUCGCAGGGUUAUCUCGACGUCUUUUGUGUGCUCCUCAACUGCAACUACUCCGUAGAUAUCUAUCAUCAGCCUCACGCAACCCAUCGGAUAAUGGUGUCACAAGAACUCUCCCGUCGUCCCUACCAUCAAGUGAUCCGAGCUCGAGAUCCAGUGAAGUAGGCUGCCUCGGCGACAGAGCUGGCACUGGAUCCUGAGAGGGGCGCUGAUAUACGAGAAGUUAGCGCUGAUUGGACCAGAGAACGAAAUCUCAGGUGUAAGCGCUUACGGUGAUCCGGGGAUCGACGCAUUAGGGAACGCUGCAUGGUGAGAAAGCGUGCAGCGAGCAAGCCUGCUCAAGGAGUCAGGGCACUGACGCGCUGUCUUUCUUUAGACAUUUUGUGCGAGGACGGGGCGAGGCGAGGCGAAGAUGCAGCCAGGGCCAUGGCUACACAACUACAGGAGGAAAGCGGCUUGGGAUACGCUUCAGAAGCCCGCUGAGGUGAGGUGGAGGACAGUGGACGGAGCGGAGAGUAACUCUAUCAGCUAAAUCAAAUCAGCACAUAUCACAUACACGGCCGAUGCGACGCAUGAGAGCUGAUUCGUGCCCAUGGCGAGCUGCACUCCCUAUUCCGCUGCCCUGGGCUUGCACCGAAAGUGCCUGCACUUGCGCCAACAUCUCAUCCGAUCCCAUUCCAUCCUCAGUCAUCAGCCAUCAGCCAUCGUGCGUCUCUCCACCUCCUCGCUUGUCGCUCCUCGCUCCUGGGCCUGGCUUCUCACUCGAUGUCACAACCCCACCACCUUGUCUGCCACACCCCCAUCUCAUCUCAUUACUUAUUUAUUUAUGGGUCUUCCGACGGCCGAAAAUAAGAUUCAUGCAUGUUGGUGACACUGGGACUUUAUAAGUCUGGAGAUGCCCUCCCUUGCGAGCUCCUGGUAGCCCCCCUUUGGACGUGAUAUGAGUUUGUUUCCUGGCGAGACGGAUUGGAUCAUAUCAAAGAGAGGCACUCACCUAGGAUGUCCAUGUCGAGCAGCCUGAUGCCCGAGCAGGUUGGAGAUUCUUCCAGCCCGGACGCUGCAACAGAAGUCAAGAUCAAGAAGACAAGAGCGAGCAAACCCAAGGUCAAAACUGGAUGCCAGACAUGCAAGAUACGUCGCGUCAAAUGCGAUGAGACAAAACCAAGUUGUCUUCGCUGUGUGAGAUUUGGUCACCAAUGCGAUGGCUACUCCAACAAAUCGCCUUCCAAGCCGGCUUCGAGUAAGAGUUCCCGAACGCUAGUUCCUAAGUCGCCGAGCCAAAGUCCGAUAGCUAUCUCAAGACCUGGCCUCCCAUCGGACUAUUUCGAGAUCUCCCCAACGGCUUCAUCACCAUUAGCCACUUCACCAUUGGCGUCAUCUCCAACUAAGAUAUACCCUUCACCGACACGCCAAUUAUUUCAGACCCCGCAAGAGUAUCAAGCAUUCCAGACAUUUUGUACUAGGACGUCACAUGAGCUGUCAUCAGCUUUCUCAACCGAUCUAUGGACUAGGCUUAUGCUGCAAGCCUGCGAGACGUCUCCCUCGAUUCGACAUGCAGUUAUUGCGAUAGGUGCUCUGAAUCUCUCGAGUCCAUCGCCAUGGCCGGAGAACUCAGUAGGGACUUUAAGGCACCAAUUCGCGUUCAGAGAGUAUAGCAAAGCUUUGUGCUUGCUCCGGCGAGAUGUGGCGGGAGGGUUUUGUGAUUUGAGGACGACCCUAAUAGCUUGCCUACUGUUUUACUGCUUCGAGUCCUACCAUGGAUAUCACGAGAUGGCCAUCAAUCAAGUGUACAGUGGCUUGAAACUCAUCCGAGAAUGGGCUUCUUCUUUUUAUCGACCCGACGAGACUGGAAGGCUGAGAACGAAAAUAGGGAGUGAGAAUCCACAUAUUGUGGAAGACGAUAUUCUGAGGGCAUUUGGGAAUCUGGAGAUCCAGGUCAUGACGUACGCGGAUGGACGAACAAGAGAAGCCCAUGAGCAUUAUCGCCAUUGUGGGCAAGCGUCGAUUGAUGAGAUGCCAGAUAUUUUCACGUGUUUGGAAGAAGCGAGGACGAUGUUAGAGUUGGUCAUUAGGAGGAGUAUGCACUGGUUACGCAGCACGAUGCACUUGCAGAAUUUCUCGACGCGGUCAAGUCCUAGUUCGUCGCCAACUAGUGAUGCCGAGGAUACUGGACCUUGCUCACUGUUCUUUGAUGUGGACCCGACGUUUGAGGAGAGGCUGGAAACUUUGAAAGAAUACGAGAGAUGGGACGACGCAUUUCGGCCCUUGCUGAAUCACUCGCGGAAAGGAUCAGCUCCGCACGAGGAGUUUCUUCUUGCUUCCACUUUACGUUUACACUGGCUAGCGGGGUACAUGUCUAUCGCGUCAAACAAUAGUCAUUCAAGUCUCGUCAACAAUGGUCGAUUUACCACAGAGCUGGAGGAAUUGGUUGACAUUGCACGAAUCCUGCUUGAGAACUCAAAACGAGACGAACUAGAAACAGGAAACACAGUUUACGUCUUCGACAUGCAAAUCAUCGUUCCUCUUAUGACAGUCGGAUGGGUCUACCGACACCGCGCUCUCAGACGCGAAGCCAUCCAACUUCUCCUCCGCAGUCCACGGAAAGAGGGAGUCUGGGAUGGCAUAGUAGUGGGGAAAAUUAUGGCAUGGCUCGCAGAGAUCGAAGAAGAGGGGUUAGAGGCCAGAGACCAGGAUGAUGACUAUAUACCGGAAUACGCAGCCGCAAGGUGCAUCAAAAUGGAUUUCGAUACGGUGAAGAGGGAAGCGAGCGUUUCGUGCUUGCAGCCAGUUAGUGGCUCGCUUAUUGGUGAGGAGCGGAGGAGGGAGGUGUUUAUACCCUUUGUGUGA